AUGUGUACUGGGGACGUGCCGAAAGUCACACCCUCAACUGUGUCAGUCUUGGAAAGUCUGAGAACACGGAGGGUGAAAUCACAGAGGAGAGACUCCAGGGACCAGAGGACUUCUGCUGACAGGAGAGCAGGAGGCGUGAGGGCCCGAGGGCAGCUGUCUUCCUGCGCCUGUUUUCAUCUCUCCUUACUUAGCUGGGCUCCGUCUCCUCCACCAGCGCCUCACACCGCUGGGACACCAGUGAUGCCCCCCACCCCUAAGAACCGUGAAGAUGUCUCGGACGUGGCUUCAAGGGAUGAAAAAGAAGCACGACUUCAAACAGCUUCCCGUAACACACGGACAGAAGAAUGCCUCCUUUGGAAUUUAUACCACGAGGAAGGCGACAAAGCAGUAAAAACCCACUCACCGGAAGAAGAAGGCGGGGCAGGGCGAGAACCCAAGCGCGCUUGGCGAGCAGUUUCCUCAGGGAGGCGGGGCCGGCGCGCGCUGUCACCUGACGAAGCCGCGGCAGCGGUCACGAACCGGGGAAGACGCCACUGUGGCGGACACCGCCCCGCCCCGGACGCGACCACCGUGCGGGUCCUGCAGGACUUGGCCAUCCGCCUGCGCAUCCAUUCCGAGGGCCACCCCACGUCGUGCUGCAGCGCGGCCGAGGUCGUGUCGGUGCUCUUCUUCCACGCGACGAGCUAGACAGAGCCGCAGCCCCCGGACAGCGACAGGUUCGUCCUCUCCAAGGGCCAUGCGGCUCCACUGCUCGGUGCCGCCUGGGCGGAGGCGGGCGGCAUCAGUGAACCCGACCUGCUGAACCUGAGGACCAUUCACUGUGCCCCGGAGGGACAUCCCACCCCCAGACUGUCGUCUGUCGGUGUGGCGACAGGAUCGCUGGCUGGGUUGGGCGCCGCGUGUGGAACGGCUUACGCUGGCGAGUCCUGGGCCAGAGCCAGCUACCGGGUGUUCUGCCUGCUGGGCGACGGCGAGGCCUCGGAGGGCUCUGGCCGGGAAGCUUUGGCCUUUGCUGCCCACUACAGUUUGGAUAACCUCGUGGCAGUCUUCCACGUGAACCGCUUGGGACAGAGCGGCGUGGCGCCCCCGAAGCACCGCGCAGACAUCUGUCGGCGUCGCCGCGGAGCCUGUGGGUGGAACACUCGGGUACGAGUGGAUGGCCAGGACGUGGAGGCCUAGUGCCACGCGUUUUGCCAAGCGACUCGAGUGAAGAGCAAGCCCGCUGCCGUAGUUGAGAAGACCUUCAGGGGCCGGCGUAUUCCAGACGUUGAAGAUGCGGGGAACUGGCAUGGAAAGCCGGUGCCGAAAGAAAGAGCAGAUGAAGUCAUCCGACUAAUUGAGAGUCAGAUACGGACCAACAGGAAUCUCAUACCCAAACCCCCCGUUGAAGGCUCACCUCCAGGCAGCAUCACAGAUAUAAAAAUGACCUGCCUGCCUGAUUAGAAAGCGGGCGACAAGAUAGCUACUCAGAAAGCAUAUAGUUUGGCUCUGGCUGAACUGGGCCAUGCAAAUGAAGUCAUUGUCCUGGAUGGUGACCCAAAGAACUCCAUCUUUUCUGAGAUAUUCAAGAAAGAACACUCUGAGCGUCUUAUUGAGUGUUUUACUGCGGAGCAGAUGGCCUGUGCUACACGUGGUCGAACCGUUGCUUUUGUUAGGACUUCAGCUGCCUUUUUGAACAGAGCAUUUGAUCAGAUCCGGAAGGGAGCCAUAUCUCAAACCAGUAUCAGUCUUAGUGGUGCCCACUGCGGGGUGUCCGUUGGUGAAGAUGGCCCCUCCCAGAUGGCCCUGGAAGAUCUAGACAUGUUCCGAAGCAUCCCCAGUUGCAGUGUUUUCUAUCCAAGUGACGCCAUAUCAACAGAGCAUGCUGUUUGUCUGGCUGCCAACCCCAAAGGAAUGUGCUUCGUUUGGACCAGCUGGCCGGAAACUGCAGUUAUCUAUAGCCCACAAGAAAAUUUUGAGAUGGGACGGGCCACGGUCAUCCGCCACAGUGUUAAUGACAAAGUCACAGUUAUUGGAGCUGGAGUUACUCUGCCUGAAGCCUUAGCGGCUGCCGAUGCCAUUUCUCAACAGGGUAUUUCUCUCUGUGUCGUUGACCCGUUUACCAUUAAACCCCUGGAUGCUGCCACCAUCAUAUCCAGUGCAAAAGCUACAGGCGGCCGGGUUAUCACGGUAGAGGAUCACUACCGAGAAGCUGGCAUUGGAGAAGCCGUCUGUGCAGCUGUCUCUGGGGAGCCUGGCAUCCACGUUCAUCAGCUGGCAGUGUCAGGAGUGCCUAAAAAAAGCGGGAAACCGAGUGAAUUGCUGGAUAUGUUUGGAAUCAGUGCUAGACACAUCAUAGCAGCUGUGAAAUCCACUUUAAUGAACUCAAAUAGCUGA